AUGGAUAACCCUUUGUUCGCGUACACGCUGCAGCAGGUUCUAGCGGACAAUCACACCACGACGGAUGUGAGCCGUUACACUAAACCUGCUGGUUAUCAGACAGUUCGCUAUCCACUAUCCGGUCUUGUCGGAAAUGUUAAAGACAAACAUGAGACCGAAGUCCACAACGCGGGUCAAGGCUUAGAUGACGGUACGGUCGAUAUCAAGGAUGAUGGUGACCCUCUUACUCGUCUUCAUCCUCCUGACACGUACUCGAUUUAUUUCCGCUUUCAAAUCUGUCUCAAAGUACCCAACUAUACUAUCUUCUCCAACAAGGCUUCCAUGGCGAAGUAUAUACAGGACCAUGGAGGCAAGCCCCACUACGGUAUCGCUCCCGAGGAGCCUCAUAAUGCCAUCCAUCUCGCCCUCGGUGGUUCCUAUCAGAAGGCUGUCUACAAUGCUGACCCGAUCCUCGGCGCUAACGGUGAUAUGGGAGUACUGUUCCCAAAUUGUCCCACAUAG